AUGUUGACCUCCUCUUUGACCACUCCGGUUCGCUCGUAUUUUCGAUUUCCAAGAUUAUUUUCACCCCCUCAUUUGGCAUCUGUAAGAUAUGCGUCUCUGAAUUCCGCCAUCGGUCGUGGCAUCCGCAGGACUCGAGCCAAUGUCAAGGACUCGCCUCGAGAAGAUGGCUACCGACAGAAUGCCAGAAGCUCGCCCCCAAAAGAAUCCAGACCUCCAAGGACUGAAGAUCGCCGGAGAAAUGAGGAAAAGCGGCCGAUGAGUGACUUCGACGAGGAUGAGUUCAUCAAAACUGGCAAAUUUCGGGCAUUGCCUCGCGAACACCAGAAAUUCUCAGGCAAUCGCAAGGGCCGUGAUGCGGACGAACCCCAGCAAAACCAACGGCCAAAAAAGGCAGAGAAGAUCAAACCUCAUCGAUCCACAGAAACGCUUCCGGAGCGUGUUAAGGAGAACGUAAAAGUCCCGGACACCCUUCCUUAUACCUCACCUGCGUCGGAGUUCAUCUAUGGGACGAGUGCAGUGGAGGCUGCCUUGCGUUGCAGCCGGCGCAAGUUAUACACCCUGUAUCUAUAUUUGAGCGCUGGCGAGGAACUGAGUCCCUCCAAGAACGCACUACGCAAAAUCGCCCUGGCCAAGGAUAUCAAGGUGAAACUGGCUUUCGGGGAUUGGGACCGCCUUCUCGAUAAGAUGAGUGCCGGUCGCCCUCAUAAUGGCUGCAUUGUUGAAGCAUCCCAUCUGCCCCAAUUACCCGUGAAAAGCUUGAAGAAAGUUGAUUCUGUUGAAGAAGACCACUUCUCCGUGGAAUUAGGAAGCCAAUCCCGGGAAGAAGCGAUGGUGAACGGCAUGAACAACCGCAUUGCGAUCCACCACUCGAAAGAUCGAAGACGAUUUCCAGUGCUUCUACUCCUGGACGGCGUUGUCGAUCCCGGGAAUCUUGGUGCCAUCAUCCGCUCGUCCUACUACCUUGGAGUUGACGCCAUCAUCUUUGCGGGUAAGAAUUCGGCACCACUGUCUCCUGUCACGAUCAAGGCCUCUGCGGGUGCUGCAGAGAACAUGACUCUUUUCGACGUCCGCAACGAGGUCGAGUUCAUCCAACGAUCCAAGGAGAACGGCUGGCGAUUCUAUGCCGCAGACGCCCCGGGCCCCGGAUCAACGUUUGUGGACUCCCUGUCGGCUGGUGGAGACGCAGCUACAGGCAGUGGUCUGGGCAUCGCGCAAGCACCCAGCGUGAUCAUGAUGGGCAGCGAGGGCGCCGGACUGAGCAACCACAUCAAAUCUCAUGCCGACUCCAUCGUGAGUAUUCCCGGGUCUCGAUUCAGCGGAGAACUGGGAGUCGAGGCCGAUCCAGCCCGCGUCGACAGUCUCAACGUCAGCGUUGCAGCUGCCCUGCUGAUGGAGAUGUUUCUGCGGGUUCCACUUGCUGUGUCGGACGUGCCGCAGAAGGAGAAAACUAGGGCGUGAAGAAGACACAAUCCAUUGACAUAAUAAACACUGUAUAUUUAGCCAUGUACAAUAGUAAAUAAACACUCGAAUCUAAU